AUGCCCCGCGGUGCGCCAGGCCCUGCAGGGGACGGAGAGGGUGCAGCAGCGGGGCUCGGGGACCCCGACGGGGAGAAACUGGAGGCGCGGCGCGACGGGUGUCUCGCGGGCAGCACUGGCUCCCCGACCGCUCCGAGCCGCGUGCGUCUGGGGCGGGAUCUGUCCCAGGACGGCACCGUGAACUUGCAGGUGACAGGCCUGGACCUGGGCAGAAUGAAGCUGGACAGCCCUCAGUGCCUCCUGGACCAGGAGGAGGCAGGGGAGGCCGGGGAUAGGCAGCUGCUAGAGCCCGAGACGUGGCGGACCUAUGCGGAGCACCGCGACGCUCUGCACAAGUUCCUGACCGUGGACCUGAGCCCCCAGCUGCUCAAGCGCCACCACGCCCAUGUGGAGCUCCUCAGGAAGUGCUCCUACUACAUCGAGAUCCUCCCCAAGUACCUGGCGCUGGGCGACCAGAACCCGCGGGUGCCGCCCUCCACGUUCCAGUUCAUCGAGCCCCAGAAGUUCCAGCGCAUGAAGAAAGCAGGCGCGACCCAGGCCAAGAUCCAGCUCCUGCUGCUGGAGGAGCUGCUGGAGCAGCUGGGCCGCGGCCGCUCUGAGCUGGACGCCCUGCUCGAGUCACCGGACCCUCGGCCCUUCCUGGAGGGCUGGGGGCUCGUGGAGCAGCGGCUGGCAGACCUGUCGGCCGUCUUGGACAGCUUCCUGGCCACGAUGGUGCCAGGGCGCCUGCACAUCAAACACCGCCUGGUGUCUGACAUCAACACCACCAAGAUCCCCAACAUCCAGGUCAUGCUGAGCACCAAGACGCCCGUCAUAUUCGACCGCAAGGAGUCGGUGGCCCACCAUGACUGGGUCAGCCUGCGCUGGUUUGUCACCCUCCAGCCGGCCGUGCCAGAGCAGUUUGAGCUGCGCUACAAGCUGCUGGACCCAGAGACACAGCAGGAGUGCGUGCAGUAUAGCAUCAUCCCCGUGGCCGCCUACGCCUUUGACGUCCAAAACCUGCUGCCCAACCGCUCCUACAAGUUCACUAUCAAGAGGGUGGAGGGCUACACGCUGGUGUACGAGCCCUGGCUGGACAGCCUCACCCUGCAGACCAGGCCUAGGUCCCUUGAAGGGCCCGCCCCCCAUAGUCUGGGCAAGCUAGGCCCAGCCCUGACCACACCUUCCUAG